AUGACAUUGCAACGGUCUGAUGAGUGGAUGAAGUCCUGGUUCUACUAUUACCCACGCCGGUGGAGUGAUUAUUUUGCCUCGUUCGGUGCAGGGCUGCCACUCCUCCGUCAUUUCGCAAUUGGUCACAGCGAAGCAUGGGAUUCAGAACUUGGGAUGCCGUUUACGACGAACCCGGACCUGAUUCCCGCAUUGAUGCGUGAUCGGUACAUGGCGUUUGAUGGCGGCAUUGGACCCUCGCAGUUUCUUUCACCGCGGCUUGAGAGCGAGAGAAAAGACUGGCCGCAAUGCGAUGACGAAGAUCGCACAGCUUUGAAGGCUUUAUAUCAUAAGAUCAACCAGCCGGUAGAUUGUGGAGAGUUUACUUUAGGAUCUUAUGAGGUGAUUGAUUUGGUAGCCUCACGAUAA